AUGAACCAAACUCAGUCGUACAUGGAGAUGCAUCCCGGCUCUCACAUAUCCUCGGGACCGUCAUACACGCAUGCCGCUCCUACUGCGCCUUUGGGACAUUAUCAGCAGUAUCCUCAGCCUCCGCCUCCCGCGACCUCCCAUUACGGGCCAUCUCCAACCUACGGCACUUAUGGCUAUCCAAAUGGUGUGACUUCUCCACAGUCUGUGACCGGCCCGGUCCCGCAACAAGUUCAGUCUCAAAUCACAUCCCUGCCUGCAAUUAUGACUGGCGGCCCAAAUUCCCAGCAUUCGUACGUGUCUCAAACGCCGACUCUACCUGCUCCGAAUCAAGGCUACCCCCAACCACAACAGCCAUUCGAUACCACCGGCCAGAUCGCGCCUCCAGGGAUGAAGCCAAGAGUCACGGCGACGCUGUGGGAAGAUGAAGGCAGCCUUUGCUUCCAAGUCGAGGCCAAGGGAGUUUGUGUUGCCCGCCGUGAAGAUAACCACUUCAUCAACGGCACGAAGCUUCUUAAUGUUGCGGGAAUGACUCGAGGACGUCGUGAUGGCAUCUUGAAAUCCGAGAAGACUCGACAUGUGGUGAAAAUCGGACCUAUGCACCUCAAAGGUGUCUGGAUCCCUUUCGAACGUGCUCUCGACUUCGCGAACAAGGAAAAGAUUACAGACCUCCUCUAUCCACUUUUUGUACAUAACAUCGGCGGCUUGUUGUACAACCCUGAGAAUGCCCCUCGAACAAACGCGGUGGUACAGGCGACGGAGCGGCGUCGUAUGGAUAGUGUCGACUCCGGCCGUCCACCUCAGCCGUCUGCGGCACCAGCACUUCCGCACCACAACAGUAUGCCAGGUCCUGGUCAAGCUCCGCCAACGCCGCACUCGAUUGCUCCACACCCGAAUGCACCCCGGCCAGGCAUUGAUCGUGCGCACACGUUCCCUACUCCGCCUACGAGCGCAUCAAGUGUGUUGGGCAUGAGUAGCCAAGGAAACUCAUAUGACUGGGGCAAUCAGAACAUGACGAAUGGUGCUGGAGCUCAACCGCUAUCCAUUGAUACCGGUAUGAAUGCGCGAUCCAUGCCCACCACGCCUGCCACUACUCCGCCUGGAACGUCUGGUCAAGGCAUGCAGUCAUAUCAAGGGCAAACGGGUUACGAGAGCUCGAAACACUAUUAUAGCACUACACCAAGCUCUCAAACUGGCUACGCGCAGCAUCCAGAUGGUAACAGAUACGGCCAGCCCAUGCCUCCUAUGCAAUAUGGCAAGUCCGACAUGGGCCCUCCAAUCGCUCCAGGGAGCAACAGUGCAGGCGCAGAUGGCCAUGAACCGAAGCCUGAUGCGUACUCUACUCAGGGCCAUCCAUCACAACAUGAAACCGAUCAUCCGGACAGUGGUUACAUGAGCGCAAAUGCCUCGGCGUAUGGCGCCAACCGACAGUAUUCAUACAGUACGAGCGGCGACCACCCGCACCUGUCACCUGAGCAGAUGUCGAGCUCUCCGACACACCAAGCUGGGUCUGGACAUGCGACACCUCGGACCAUGCCUUCAGGUCAGCCACAAUGGCCAGGCGAAUAUAACACCCCACCGCGACCACCUACAUCGAGCAAUGUAUAUAAUGUCAUGGGUGGCCGCACACCACAAGGAGCCCCUACGGACAACUACGGGAACCCGGGAUACUCAGGCUCGGGUCAUGCCACUGGUGUGCCUUCAGCAAAACGCGGACGAGAGGAUGACGACCAAGACCGCCCUGGCAGCCGAGAUUAUGACGCUUACGACUCGAAACGACGCAAGACGGGACGACAAGAUACCUUCGGUAUGCCUCUCAAUGCGCCUCCCCACAUGCAAGCCAUCAAAACCGGCGGUCAGCGAUAG